AUUCCAAUCUUUUCCAAUUACCAAAAAUAGCCAUGAAUAACAAUAAUUCUCUCUCCGCCGAUAAUAAUCAGUCGGCUAGCGGCUCAGGGGCGGCUGCUUCUGUUAACAAUCAGCCGCCCCUGAGCCGUUACGAGUCUCAGAAGAGACGGGACUGGAACACGUUCGGACAGUAUCUGAAGAAUCAGCGGCCGCCGGUGUCGGUGGCGCAGUGCAAUUGCAACCACGUGCUUGAAUUCAUGAGGUAUUUGGACCAAUUCGGGAAGACCAAGGUCCACUUGCACGGGUGCGCGUUUUUCGGGCAGCCCGACCCGCCCGCCCCGUGCACGUGCCCGCUGAGGCAGGCGUGGGGGAGCCUCGACGCCCUCGUGGGGCGGCUCAGGGCCGCCUACGAGGAGCACGGAGGGUCCCCCGAGACGAACCCGUUUGGCAACGGGGCGAUUCGGGUUUAUCUCCGGGAGGUGAAGGACUGCCAGUCGAAGGCGAGAGGGAUUCCGUACAAGAAGAAGAAGAAGCGGAAAUUCAAUCAAACGACGUCGUCGCAGCAAGAGGAUCAGCUGCUUGUCAAGAACCCCAAGCUGCCUGCUUGAAAAACAUUAAUUGGUCUAAAUUCACAUAGCAAGAAGUUGUAGUGGAUGGAGAGAAGAAGUAAAUUGUUACUCGUCACCACAUGAGAAAGCUUGGGUAUGAAUAACAGACAUUUUAAGUGAUGUAAAACUGCUACAUCAAGAGCAUUUCCUAUAUUAUUGUAGAUGUAGUUUAAUAUAGUAAAUAUACAUAUAAUAUAGUUUAAUAUAGUAAUUUUAUAUAUAUAUAUAUGUUGUUGUAGUUUGGUGUUAUUGUAGUACUCUAGCUAGAGGGCUUACAUUUAGAUACCAUUCGAAUUAUUUGUGGUUUCAAUUUUCAAGCUCAAAAAAAGUUGAUCGAUAUAUUUAGUACAA